AUGUCGGCGGCCAUCACCUCACUCUGGUGGCCCGAGGAUCGCGUGAAGGCCACCCUUUGUUCCGAAUACGUCUUUAACCACCUACCUUCGAACAUCUUGCACCGUCUCGUCAAUCCCUUGCCUUGGGGAGAGGGUUUGACCAGCGAGUCUUACUUAGACUGGAUCCUUGCCAAGGCCGGUAGAAUCUUCCUGAUCCUCGUGGACAUCGGCAUACCGGAGCGCAUCUUUGCCCUGGUUGAUGAAUCGUUAGAUGACACGGAUUUACCUUUGUCGGCACCAAGUACCACGCGACUUCCUUUCGCACCGGAAGGGGACAAUGCAACUGUCGCCCACAAGUUCUUCCUCGCUCAAUGGCGGUUCACGGUACGCGGUAUCAAUGAAGGCGACCAUAUCAAGUAUACUCAGAACGAGGGGGUCCCGGUGGAGCUUCUUCGUACCGGAACAUCUCUAGUGAGAGAGGGCGUGGAGAAGGUUGUUCUAGCUGGCUCCAAGUGUCGUGUGCUGUUGCGAACGCAAGUCUCCAUUGGCGGUGCACCGCAUUUCUUCGAGGAGAACGAGGUGUUGGAAGAAAUCCGCUCUCUGAGAAGACUAGCCCACGAUCACGUCUACUCAAUCUACGCCUCCUACUUUGUGGAUACCACCGUUUGCAUCCUUUUCUCGGGCGUUUACGAGCGAACACUCAUGUCAUUCCUUACCGACGUGCCUCAAUCUUUCAAGCGCCUCGCCAAGAACAAGCGUCGAGAGAUAUUAGUCAAUUGGCCACAUUGUCUGGCUAAUGGACUGUCAUGGUUGCAUGCACAUAGCCAGGCCCAUAGCCUGAUUUCUCCGUCGAACAUCCUGGUUGACGCAGACUUUCGGAUUUUCUUGGGCCAGUUUGAGGCUCUCGACACUCUUCUAUCCCCACUCAAGCCGGACGACGUUGAAACCUACCAGUAUGGUGCGCCCGAGCGAUGGGUGCGCUCAGUCAGUAUUCAGGACACAAGUGCACCAAGCCCAAACAUCGCGCUCCCAUCAGGGGGGCGUUCGGCCCGCAAACAGUCGUCCCGUCCAGCAAUGCUGAGCCUAUCUAGAUUCAGGGGCUCUCAACCGUCGGAUCAAGAUACAGAAAUACACGCAGAGUCUGUUACGUCGCAGGGAACUGCCAUACGUAUCGGCCUACGAGGCUCACCUUCUCGGAUAUCUUUCACCAACUCCUCUUCCUCUGGAUCAAGCGUUGGGAGCGCCCGCAAGCGCGUGGUAUCCUCCAUAAAACGACCGAUGUUCUACACACCGUCCAUCACUUCGUCCAACUCCAAUUCUUCGAGAUCAUCAACCACUCCUUCUACUACCUAUGGCCAGUUUGGCUACCCGAUCAUCGGUUCCAACGCUGCAAUUGUUCAUACUUGGCAAACACGCCAGUCAGAUCCAGAAGCCUCGGACAUAUUCUCUCUUGGGGCAGUGUUUCUAGACAUCUUCACUCAUUUAUGCAAGCGCAAGCUCUCUGCUUUUUCACACCACCGAGGGGCUAAGAACCGGACCGCUGGCCGCGGUGGCGGCGUCGCCGACUGCUCAUUCCACCUCGACCGAAACGCCGGCCAAGUGAGCUCCUGGAUCGCCCUGCUGGACAACGAUGCGAAGAAACACAAAGAUCCCAUCUUCCAGGCUGUUCGACCGAUGCUCACCGUCGUGCGAAGCAUGCUAAACAGAGAACCCAUGAGCCGCCCAUCUGCUUAUCAGGUGGAGCAGCUUCUGGCCCACUCACUCCAGAAACUGGACGGAAGCUGUAGCCUCCACUGUACUUCCGACCUGCAAGUCCACGCCCCCAGGUCCAAGAACCCACUCCGUCUAGGUGCACAAGCAGCCUCGUCAUCAGACAGACUCGUCGUCCCGCGAGCAAAGCCACUAGGGGCUAGAUCCCCGUCUCCAAGUAGUCCAAUGACUGCCGAAUUCUCAUCUACUAGCUCUGGAGGACCCGUGAGCCUCCGUCCCUCUCCUUCUGCCUCUGCCUCGAGUUUCAGCUUGCCUGAUCAGCAAUACACGGACAACUAUAUAUAUAGCAGCGACACAGACCAAGAGUACGACAAAUACAGUACCUCUUCGUCGCCCGUGCCUUGGCGUGACCCAGAUCAUGGUCUAAGUCCGGCAGCACAUAACGAUCCGACAUGGAAUUACAGCAUCGCUCUGGGAAAGCGUUAG